AUGUUGGCCGAUUGCGAAGUGAUUUGCCAAGGAAAAGCCUGGAAGCUACACAAAACAAUCUUGUGCGCGCGCUCAUCCUACUUCAAGUCGGCAUUGUUGUCUGGUUGGCCGGAGUCAAAGUCCGGCAAGGUUGAAAUCACAGAAUUCAGCAAAACGCAGAUGGAUUCAAUCAUCAAGUAUAUUUAUAAAGGAACUAUCAACUUCAAGCCGCUCAUCAAAGCGGGCACCAUCAUGCACUCGUGCACAGAUCUAUGGAUCCUCGGAGACUACUUCAAUGUGCCCGCGCUUUGCGACGACAUUUUGAAUUUCUGGAGCAAGGAUUUCAUCCCGCGUACAGAUCACAUCGCCAUGACGGAAGGCUUUCAUAUCGACGGCAAAGAUUUUCUCAAGACUGGAAAUCUCAUAUACGCCUCUUUCCCCGGCAAGCAUGUCCUCAAGGUGGCCUUCCUGGAGGUUCUCCUCGGAAGGGCCUUUGUCAGGAAGAGCGUCAUUAACAUGCCCGAGUUCAAGACCUUCUGCGCGGAGUGGCCCGAGUUUGGCAGUGAUUGCAUGAUGAAGUUGGUUGAGAAUCGUGUUUGCAAGUUGCAGUGA